GCAUUCAGCUUAGGUCACACAGAUUCCCCAAUCCAAUGGGUGCUGUCAAUUCGGAGUUGGAAGACUUAUUUCAGGACAAAAAGCGAGCGAGAAAUCCCCUUGUCCCCAUUGGCGCUUUCAUGACGGCUGGAGUGCUGGCGGCCGGUUUAAUCAGUUUCAGGCAAGGGAACUCUCAUUUAGGUCAAAAGUUAAUGAGGGCUCGUGUGGUCGUACAAGGCGCUACAGUUGCACUCAUGGUUGGUACAGCUUCCUACUAUGGUGACAAAUUUUGAGGAUCCUCUCUGCUGCUGCAGCCUAUUGGGCGUCGCUGUGCUCUUUCUUCAUCUCUUCAUGAAAAGAGUGCGAUUCAUCAUAAGCUGAUUGUGUUUUGUGAAGCAAUAGCAGCUGUACACUUAUUUAAAAUAUCACUAACUGAUGGAUAAAUAGCAAAGCAGCUUCUUGAAAUUGAUUCUCAUAAUUGUGUAUCUAUUUAAGUAUAUUCGUCAAUAAAUAACAAUUUUCAGCUCA